GCGGUGGAGCGUCUCACACACACAUACACACAAACUAACACCAACAGCGGCAACAAUGACAGGAGACAAGUUUCCAGGCUGAGCGAGGCUGGUUGGCAGCCGCUUGUCCUAUUCUCGGAGGGACGACGUAAAGCGCUGGACGUCGAGAAAUCCCUGCGCUUGCCUGUCUUACUCCUAAAGUAACGUUACCUGGUGGACACGGACAGUUUGGAUACAGACCGGCGGCGGCGGCAGGAGCAGCAGGGCGAGUGUGUGAGUGCUUUGGCGGCGAAACAUGAACAAAAACCACCGAGUGCCGAGCAGCCGUUCUCUGAGUGCCGUGGAGGUGAAGAGCAAGUUCGGCGCGGAGUUCCGUCGCUUCUCCCUGGACCGGUCCAAGCCGGGCCGCUUCGAUGAGUUCUACGGCCUCCUGCAGCACGUGCACCGCAUCCCCAACGUGGAACUGCUGGUGGGCUACGCCGACGUGCACGGCGACCUGCUGCCCAUCAACAAUGACGACAACUACCACAAGGCCAUCUCCACCGCUGCUCCCCUGCUCAGGCUGUUCCUGCAGAGGAAAGAGGAAGCUGAUUACUCAACGUUUGGUACCGAUUCUCUGACCAGGAAGAAAAACACAGUGCUUUCGGCAGUUCUAUUGCGGCCUGAUGCCAACAGGAAAAAACCUCCAGUUAUCAUCAGUCUCCCGAGGGACUUCCGCCCCGUUUCCUCCAUCAUCGAUGUGGACAUCCUGCCUGAGACUCACCGACGUGUGCGUCUAUACAAGCACGGCCAGGAGAAGCCAUUGGGCUUCUACAUUCGUGACGGCUCCAGUGUGCGGGUCACACCGCAGGGCCUGGAGAAGGUCCCGGGCAUUUUCAUCUCUCGGAUGGUGCCCGGCGGGCUGGCAGAGAGCACCGGCCUGCUGGCAGUAAAUGACGAGGUGCUGGAGGUGAAUGGUAUAGAGGUGGCUGGGAAGUCUCUGGACCAGGUGACGGACAUGAUGAUCGCCAACAGCCACAACCUCAUCAUCACCGUGAAGCCUGCCAACCAGCGGAACAAUGUUGUUCGCAGUGGAGGAGGGGGUGCGGCGUCCGGUAGCUCGGGGCGCUCAUCGGACAGCGGCGCCAGCUAUUACGGCUACUCAUCGCAGGGUGUGGUCGGCGCAGCGGCCUCCAUGCCAUCGCAUAUCAUCCAGAACUUCCCCGUGGGGGAGCUGGAGAGCGACGAGGACGACGAGGACCUGGUGAUCGAGGCGGGAGGCGACGCCGAGCCCAUCAGACGCGCCCCCUCCAACUACAGCAUGCCCUCUCUGCCUCGCUACGAGCCGCACCUCAACCUCCGAGUUACCACCACAUCCACGUCCAAUCUCUCAAUCAACGCCAACGGGACCCUGCCAGCCAGCGCCAGCAGCGGAUCACUAAGCAACGCCAAUGCGACGUCGACUACGCCGUCGCCAGACAGAGCAAUGGAUAGUCGGAGUCUGGAGGAGGAUGGCACUGUUAUAACUCUGUAGACUGGGCAUUCACACACUAAACACUGGAAACCUGAAGUAAACACACACUCAGAUACUUCCACCCACACUUGGGGGGGAGUUAUGGACCACCAGAUGAAACACAGGACCAUCCUUUUUCCAUUAAACACAUACAUCCAUAUGAUGACUGUAUCUGAGAAGCACAAUAUGUGUACAUAUUAAGUCAACACAACAACACUGACACCUAAACCUUUGUACGUCCUAACAUUUACAUGUAAAACACUGCACCCCAGGAUUCGCUCUUCUACAUGCCAAUGACAUGCAUGUGUGCCAUAGCGGCGCCACAGCCCCCCC